UUGGAAGUGCUUAAAAAAAGAAGGAACAACCUUAUCGCGAACCCAGCCGCCGGCGACCCUAAGCUGCGUCUGGAGACUGAAGUGGUUCAGGACUUGGAGAAGACGGUCGAAUAUCUGCUUCUCCUUGUCCGUCAGAUCAAUACGGUCCUUCACAUGAACGGACGGCGGAGAUGCGCACAUCGCUGCUACCGUCGAAGUACCUCUGGAUAUGCAGAAGGUGCAAACGCGAUUACUAAGCCGCGAACUGCGGGCGGGCAGAGGGGGCCGAGCAGAGGGUGGCGAAAAUUUGAAGGGAAGAGGAAGGGCAACGAUAAUCCAGACCUCCCAGUUGUGCUCAAUUCUGAAGUUGAUCAAACAAUGGUAGGGGUCUUAAUCAAGUUUUCCAUAGCAUCUAUAUGCUUGCUUGCAGCUCCUAUUGCUAUUCUGUACGGGUUUAACCAUAACUUCUUCCCUGGAUCUUCUCACAUCUCUCACGACUCUCUCACGAUAUGGAGUGGGGUCCUUGCGGUCAUCUCGGUCAAUGUGGUCAUAGCAUUUUACAUUUACAUGGCCAUGAAAGAGCCUUCACAUAAACACGAGCCCGAUCAUAAAUUUCUUGCAGAUGCGAAGGCUAGCAUUAAGCAGCCCGGCCAAAGUGAAUCUGAAUUGUAUUCACGGGACACGAAACAAGAAUAACUGAUAUUUUUGGCUCUGUGUUUUUCUGUAACUAUGACUUCACAUGUAUGUGCUUUUGUUGGAGGGUAUUUGUUGAGGAUAGUUUCAAGAUUUUGUUCAUGAUUUAUUUCGAUUUCAAUUGUAAUGUACUUAAUGCUGCCAAGAAAGGAUCUUUUUCUUUGUGAAAAUUGAAUGUCACGCCAUCUUGCCACUAUGCCAAUAACCGAAA